GUUUUCUUAUGCAAGUAUCUCUUUGCUGUUUCCCACUUUCUCUCUCUUCUCUCUCCCUUCUUCUUUAGCUCCGUUUCAAGCAACCAUGUUGUCUCUUGUUUCUUACAUCCCAUGUUUCUUCCUCCCCAACAACACCGCUUUUUAUUCCUUAAAAUCUCUCCUUCUUUUUUAACAACAUAGUCCAUUGUUUUUGCUUCUACUUCUAGGGCCCCCCAUCCUCCUUUCAUUUCUUCAAUUUCACAUUAGAUAGGGUUAGGGUUUCUUUUUUUAUAAAAAAAUCAUGGCAUUAGGUGGUGGUAAUGAGGAAAAAGAGAUGAGAAUUUCAGGUUUUCAAAAUAUAGAUCUUGUCUCACCUGGUGGUGGUGCAGCGCCUGACGUAGUCGUCGUCGGCGCUGCACCACACAAUAAUUCCACCACUGGAUCUAAUAAAUUGAACAAGGGAACUAGUACAGUGAGAGGUAGAUAUCGUGAGUGCUUGAAAAAUCAUGCUGCUAAUAUUGGUGGAAAUGUUACGGAUGGAUGUGGUGAGUUUAUGCCUAGUGGGGAAGAAGGUACACUCGAAGCUUUGAAAUGUGCAGCUUGUAAUUGUCAUAGGAAUUUUCAUAGAAAAGAAAUACCUAACAACGUUGGUGGUGUUGGUGGUGAUAAUAAUAAUAAUGCGGGGAUUAUGGUUGUGCAUCCAUUACAGCUACCACAACCACUACCUUCUCCGUUACCGUCGUUGAAUCAUCAUCACCACCAUCACCAUCAACACGGAGGAAGAUCAAUUUGGACUACUAUGCCACCUCAGCCUGUCAAAAUGGCCUUCGGAGGUAGCGGCGGAGGAAGUGGGGCAACAGACUCAUCAAGUGAAGAACUUAAUUUCAACACAUAUCAUCAUCAACAAGCUACAUCAGUACCUCCACAACAACCAUUUAUGUUGGCUAAGAAAAGAUUUAGGACAAAAUUUAGUCAAGAACAAAAGGAAAAAAUGUUGGAAUUUGCUGAAAAAUUAGGUUGGAGAAUUCCAAGAGAAGAUGAUACUGAAGUACAAAGAUUUUGCUCACAAGUUGGAGUCAAGAGACAGGUUUUUAAGGUUUGGAUGCAUAAUAAUAAGAACCCUUCUUCUGCUAAAAAAAAUAUAAUACAAGAAGAUCAACCUUAAUUAAUUUAAAUUUUAAUUAAGGUUUUGAGGGAAAAAAAUGAAAUUAAAUUUCUUGGGAUUUGGUUUAUGCUUAUGUAAUCUUACUAGGAAUCGUACGUAGCUAGUUUUUUUUUUUUUUUUUUGGGGUCUAUGUAGCAUUAUUGUAACUAUAUGGAACCACUUAAUUAGAUUUUUAUUUUUAUUUAAUUGUUGUACUUUGGAACCUUUAUUCAUCUGAAAAUUUUCAGCUAUUUCUUACA